UUGGAGUGCAGUAUCUAUUCCAGCAGACUGGUCAGGCACUGCAGGACAUGAACCCAGACUCUGAAGAGACGGCAGAGCUCAUCGAGGAACUUAAUGUGGAGGAGCGAGAUGAAGAUGAGGGCUUCUGUGAUGUCAGCGAGGAUCACACAAUUGCAGAUCCCGAGGAUGUUCUGUCACCUCCCUCCUCCACUCUGACAUUGGGUUCUUCCACCGUGGUCACCAGCAGUGACACGGCUGUACUGGGUUCCACAUCCCCUUCACUGGUCCCUGAUCCUACACCUGCUCCUUCAUCACCUGGACCCUCGGGGACUGCUGUGCCACCUUUUCCCUCUGAAACAUCUGUUUCACCACUCUCCUCAGAGCCAGAGGAUGCUGGUCAGGAUGAUGAUGACGAUGAAGAGACUGCUGUUGACUACCAAAAUGUCCCGGGAUACCAACAUGUGGACAAGCUGGCCGAAUAUCUGGUGGAGCUCCGGGGUCACACAGCCCUUAGCCUGACCAAUCAGGAAGCCAGCACCAUAAUUGAACUUUGGCAGAACCUGGCUGACCAGGACAAGCAACGGGUGGUGUAUGCAGCUAGACACCAGAAGAGACUGCUGAGUGGACGCUUCAGAGUACCAAAGAGGCCCACUAAAACCCCAGGAGUAGAGAGCACCAUCAGAAGUGUGCUGGGAGCAAGCAGCGCACCUGCUCAGUGGCCUGACUGUUGCCGUCUGGUGGAAACCAUCUUCAUCAGGCUUUGCAAUACCCACCCAAGCCCCAAGAGAAAAGGCAAGGGAACGCUGUCGAGAUGGUCUCUAAUCCUCCAGGAUUACAGGAGGAUAAGGCAGCUUGUACUGGGCAACAGCUUGGUGAUGGGAGGAACCUCAAUGCAGCUGGUGGAGGUUAACCAGAAUACCCUGAUUCAGUGGUAUAACAACAGACAGAAAAAGCAGGAACUGUCUGUGCUGAUUCAGGGCAUUCAGUUGCCUCAGCCCCUCCCUGAAGCUCAGGAACCUCUCCAGGCUGCCAAACGCCUACGGACUGAGCCAGAACAAUCAGGGGAGCAGCACCAGUACAAGCUACCAGAGAGCACAGCAGGUCAGGCAAAACAGAGGCACACCUCUACUGGGCGACCUCCUCUCAGACCCAAGGCACCAACACAGACUACUAUGUUGGUUACGCCAUCAGCACCUGGAGCAUCAGUGCAGAUGGUACCCAAUAUACUUAUACCUGCAGCACCAGGUUUCCCGGGUGUGCCAAUGCUUCAGGGUGUGCCAAUGUUCCAGGGCAUGCCAAUGGCUCAAAGACUGCCAAUGGUCCAGGGCAUGCAAAUGGUCCAGGGCAUGCCAAUGGUCCAGGGCAUGCCAAUGGUCCAGAGGAUGCCAAUGGUUCAGGGAAUGCCAAUGGUUCAGGGAAUCCCGAUGGUCCAGGGAAUGCCAGUGGUUCAGGGGAUGCCACUGUUACAUCCUACAGUUGUGCAGGGCACAAGUUCACAACCAGCUGCCAAUCCCCAAACCAUGCCUAAGAGACCCUACAAGAGAACUGUAGAGGCGAACACUUGCAAGAAAUGCGGACAUUUCAAAACCAGUGCAACAGGACAUAGCCAGUACAGGGGCAAAGUAUACUGCCCACAGUCUGAAACUGUUACAAAAGAACAGUGGUUAGAGGAAAUGCGGAGAACUGUUCCCAAAUAAUGUAUAUAUUUUUAUUUAUUGUAGUG